GGAAAAUCUCAACCUGGCGUCGUUACGCUCGCAGACCUCAAUACGCAACGAACCCAACAAGCCACCGAUCGAUGACCAACAUGACCAUGACGAGCUUCCCAAUCGAGGUGCUCGACGACCCGAAGGACCUCGCGCCGCCGGCGAGCCCGCUCAGCAUCGACUGCGACCUCGUCGAGCUCGUGCUCGCUGCCGCUGCCGAGCAGCCACCCAAGCGCGUCCACUUUGGCACCGCCACGACGUACACGUUUAACGUUGCGUAUGGCGGGAGCACAGUGCCAAAGGAAGCUGGCCCCGGCGUUGGCAUGGCACGGUACCAUUGCGACGUCGCUUGCUUCGAGCUCGGCACCUCCAAGGUCUGCAAGCGGGGCCGCGUCCGCAAGUUUGACCACAUGCAGCGCGUCGAACUUCUCAAGAAGGCGCACUACAGCGGCCGCGAUAUUGCAGACUUUUGCAUGGAGGCCAUCGAAGUGCGCAAGUCGCGCGCCGAGACGGCGGCCGAGCUCCGGCGCAAGCGCAAGCGCGUCGCAACACCUUGCGAUGCGCCGCAACCCAAGCGCCUGACGCCAGACGCUUGCUGAGUGACGAUACCAGGAUGCACAAAACGAGUUAUUUAUUGAUUGCCAUGACGCAGUAUUAACUUAUGCCCAUAACACGUAAGAAGCACUGUUUAUAGUCCA